CAGUCGGUUACUUGAUGCACUUGACUCUGUGUGUAGGAUGCCCUCAUUUGGAAGAACAGGUUUGCUACUGCUGCUGUCUCUUGUUAUCUUCAGUGGAAUAAGCUACCUCUGGCUCCCCUCAUAUGAUAUGGUAGAGGAUAAGACUGAAGCCGCGAUGAAAAAGUGGUCCCCGCCCACUGGUCAAGUGAAGCCCCCAGCUUCCUGCACUUGCCCAGCGAAGUCACAUGAUCUGGCAGGGAGCAUUCCCAAUGCCAACCGAGAAGACAUUCAGAAACGACGGGCAGAGGAGUACAAGAAGCACCAGGCUAGAACAAGCUCCAUUUUGAACACACUCCUCUUUGCUCCAUCCAACUCUCCACUGCAGUAUCCCAUUCAGGGUUUCACAGUACGCCCCUUGCUCCCCACUCUUAUUCCAGGUUUAGCGGUGCACAGGGUUCAAAGAAGCAGCUAUAAGGUAUCACUACAGGUCACCAAAGGUGUCCUCAGUCUAGGGAACCAGAGUGAAGCACAAAGUGUCGAAGGUGGCGGAAAGAAAUUGCUGAUCUUGGAGACGCUCAGCUUAGAGGAACUCAACAAACUUCUGGCGAAGGUCACCUACACCAUUCCUGUGUACCACAUACACACCGGAGACCUGGUUCACUUCUCGUUUGAGCUUCAUGAAGCUGUGUUCCCCAUCGCCAUUCGGCAACCAACUGUACCGGUUCUUUUCGACAUGGGAACAAACAUUAGCGACCAAGUGACAGUCACCACCAAGACCUUUAUGCGCUACAAAGAGUUGAAGGUCCUCAUAAGAAGCCUCAGGCAAUUCUACAAAGACGUGGUGCUCAUCGUAGCCGAUGACAGCUUUACUCCAGAAAAGAUCACAGAAGAAAAUGUUCUGCAAUACAUCAUGCCUGGGGGACAGGGAUGGUUUGCCGGCAGAACCCUGGCUGUCUCUCAAGUCACCACCAAGUACUUUCUUUGGGUGGAUGACGACUUUCUAUUCACUGAGAAAACAAAGAUAGAGGAUCUGGUGGAGGUGAUGGAGGCAACACCAGAGUUGGAUGUGGUUGGGGGUUCGGUUUCUGGAAACCAGUUCUACUUCUCCAUCGCCUAUGAGGAAGGCGAUGGAGUUACUGGAGGCUGUAUGGACAGGAAGUCCGACAUAAAGUUCCAAUCACUACCAAAUUACCCACAAUGCUCCAUAGUCCAUGGGGUGGUCAACUUCUUCCUGGCUCGUACCGACGCUGUGAAUCGAGUGAGAUUUGACCCCAAGGUAAAGAGAGUGGCACAUUCAGAAUUCUUCAUGGAUGGUCUUGGCCAGUUGAUGGUUGCUUCGUGCGGCCAUGUUUCCAUUGGCCAUCAGCCGGGAGGGGCCAAUGCUCAAUAUAAUCAGUUCAGACACCCUGGAAAGGGUGAUGUGCAGUAUAAACUACAGCUGCACUACUACAAAAACCAUCUACAAUGUCUCCACUACGGAUAGGAAGAAUCCCGACGGCUCCAUACGCUAUAAGAGAAAGUUAUCUUCCAGUACUAUGCAUGUUUUCCCAUAAACAACCACUACUGGCUUGAGUUGUUGCCACAGUAAUAGCUUAAUCAUUUUCAGGGUUAGGGUUAGGUUUAUGUUGUAUAGAUAUUUAUAUCUCUGUCAUUCAGAAAAUUCCUGUAGAAAAGGGACAUAGUGCGGGUUUAAAGCUGUAGUAUCUAACCUUGUUUCAUUAAUGCUUUUUUUUAUUUAGAAGUAAAGACACUUCUGUAAA